UCAUACUCUUCUGUGUUCACACAAUUGAAUAUUUUCCUCUUUCAUACUUCAAAUACUUUCACACCUGAAAAACAAAAAAGAAAAUCUCCAUUUUUAAUGGAUUUAAUCUCUCCUUUCUCAUUUCCUACACAACAAGAAGAUUUUAAUUUUCCUCCUAAUUCCAAUUUCUUCACCUUCUUUCAAGAACUUGACUUUCCAACUUCUUCUAAUCCAUCCCUACCCAAAAAGCAAAAAAUUCAAGAUUUUGAUCACAACCCAGUUGAGAAUAUUCUAAACAAAUUUCUGGGGUUAGAAAAAAAUCAAGAAAAAACUGACACACAAGUACUAAAUUUGUGUUGUGAGCCUAUAGAAUUCGGGAAAAAUUCCCCCGUUUUGAUGAAUGAUACAGUGGCUAUGGCUAGUAAAAAACGUAGUCGUGAAAAGUCAGGUGAGUUGAUUUCAAUUCCACAAGAUUCUCAACCUUUACAACAAAGAAGAUUAUGGGUUAAAAACAGGUCAAAUGCAUGGUGGGAACAAUGCAACAGUCCAGAUUUUCCAGAAGAGGAAUUCAAGAAAGCUUUUAGAAUGAGCAAAGCUACAUUUGAUAUAAUAUGUUGUGAGUUGGAAUCAGUAGUUACAAAAAAAGAUACAAUGCUACGUCUGGCGAUACCUGUUCGCCAGCGCGUAGCAGUUUGUAUUUGGAGAUUGGCCACGGGUGCACCACUUCGCGAAGUUUCUAAGCGAUUUGGGCUUGGUAUAUCCACGUGUCAUAAGCUCGUGCUAGAGGUUUGCACCGCGAUAAAAGGCGUAUUAAUGGCGAAAUUCGUACAAUGGCCUAACGACGAAAAGAUGACAGAACUAAAACAAGAAUUCGAGUCCAUUUCAGGUAUACAAAACGUAGGUGGAUCAAUGUGCACAACACACGUCCCGAUUAUAGCACCAAAAGACAGUGUCACAGCUUAUUUUAACAAAAGACAUACUGAGAGAAAUCAAAAAACUUGUUAUUCAGUAACCAUACAAGGAGUUGUUGAUCCAAAAGGAAUUUUCACGGAUGUUUGUAUUGGCUGGCCUGGUUCAAUGACAGAUGAUCAAGUCCUGGAAAAAUCAGCUCUUUUUGAAAGAGCAAACAGAGGACUUUUAAACGAUCUUUGGGUUAUUGGUAGUUCAGGAUUUCCGUUAUUAGAUUGGAUAUUGGUCCCGUUUUCACACCAGAAUUUAACAUGGACGCAACACGCGUUUAAUGAGAAAGUUGAAGAGAUUCAAAGAGUAGCGAAAGAUGCGUUUAUGAGAUUGAAAGGUAGAUGGAGUUGUUUACAGAAGAGAACAGAAGUGAAACUUCAAGAUUUGCCUGUUGUGCUUGGAGCUUGUUGUGUUUUGCAUAAUAUAUGUGAAAUGAGAGGUGAAGAAUUAAGUCCAGAAUUAAGGUUUGAUUUGUUUGAUGAUGAAAUUUUACCAGAAAAUAUUGUGAGAUCAAUGAGUGCAUUACAGGCUAGAGAUCAGAUUGCUCACAAGCUUUUGCACCAUAAUUACUCAGGCACCAAUUUUCUUUAAAUGAAACUUUUGUUUACAUUUUUAAUCAACUUUUUGUAUUUCUGAUGCUGAGGUGUAAUUUUUUUUCAUGGCUUAUUGCAAGUCAUGUUAUAGAAUAAUUUUAAUGAA